AUGAAUACUAAACAUUUUAUCCUUAGUAUUUGCAUCUCAAUAAUCAUUCUCUCCAUAAACAGUGUAAGAUGUAAGCUAUAUUACGAAGAUAGUUUUUUAGUUACUGACGAAAAAUAUGAUGUAAUUAUUAUCGGAGCAGGAGUUUCAGGCUGUUCAAUGGCUAAUGUUUAUGCCAAAAAUGGAAAAAAAGUGCUUCUUUUAGAAAGAGGUGGUCCUAGAGAAAAACACCCUAAGACUUUAGUUACAAAAGGAGCUCCGGGAGUAAUCACAGAUGAAUCUAUAAGUGAAGCUAUUACAACAUCCAACGGAACAUUGAUGAAUGUAGCAAACAUUGUUGGAGGUGGGGCUAGUAUUAAUGGAGGAUUCUAUGUAGAACCAUCCGCACAAUUUAUGCGUAAGACAAUUGAAAGUAGUGGUGCUAAGUUUGAUGAGGAAAAAUACCUAAAUGCAAAAGAAAUUAUUCGCAGUUCAGGGAUUUUAAAUACCGAUAACCGUCUCGAAAGUAACACUUUUCCGCAAGCAAUGUUUGAGGCUAUGAGAAACAUUAGAGAGUAUUCUGGGAAUGUUAGUGAAACCCCUAUAUACGAUCCUGAAGGAAAUAACACUUUUGUCACCGUUUCCCUAUUUAAUGAGACAAAUAGAUCAUCUGCGGAUAUUCUUCUUUCUCAUGAAAAUAUCCAAAUUUACCCCUAUGCAGUUGUUGAAUCCAUUCAGUUUAGCUCAACCGACGAGAGCCGCGAUCCAUAUAGCUUGAAAAAAAAAGUCACAGCUCAGUGUAUUUUAGGAAAAAUGAGGUCCGAAAGUGAUGGGUUUAUUAGUGUAAGUUCGGGAAUGACACAAAGAACUAUAUACAAUAAUAAUGGCCCUAAAUUCAAAAUCUGUCUCAACAAACCGGAUGCAUUUAUUGUUCUUACUUCAGGUGCCAUUUACAGCCCUGCAAUACUUAUGAGAAGUGGUAUCGGCCCAAUUGAAGUCCUAAGAAGGCAUGGAAUCCUUCCUGUUAAAGUUUUAGAGCAAGUUGGCAAAAAUUAUCACGAUCAUUUACAAUUCGGUCUUUUUGGAAUUUUGAAAGAAAAGCAACCAAUGUCUAUUCAAAAAGUAUAUAGUUACAGUAAUUGUUCGAAAUACCAUCCUGAUCCUCCCAAUAUUUAUGAUGAGCUUAGUUUAUUCCAUUAUAAGGAAUCGGAACAAGAAAAUUUAAAUUCAACUCUUUCAAAGAAUUCAUUUGAUUUACUUCUGGAACCGAUUCUAACUAAUCCUGAAUCACCAUUGUUUGUUCCUCCAGAACCAACUAGCCCACAAUAUAAAGAAGGGAAUUGUUAUUCUACUAUAUUAAACGAAGUUUCUGGAGAAUUAUGGAUUCCCUUUGCAAUAUCUCAAAUUGUUUACAGAAAAUCUAAAGUUCUAAUGAAUCCUCUUUUGAACUAUCUUGCUCUUUCGCUUAGAACUAAAGUACUUAAUGCUAUGGAGAACAAUAGUACGAGAAUCUCUGAUGAUGGAUUUAAUAAGAUGUUACAACCCAUGAAUGAUUGCUUUGAAAAUGGCUCAGCCGCAUUAUCCUUCCUUACAAUACCAAAAAGUAGAGGGUCUAUUACUUUGGAUGAUAUGGGGCUUCCAGAAAUUAAUAGUUCAGACUUUUCCGAUCCCAGAGAUAUUGAGGCGGCAAUCGUUGGAAUGAAGCACUUGAUUCAAUUGAUGACCUCACAAAGUGUUUCUCCUGUUCUUGAAAGCGAAUUAAAUUCAUGUAUUGCCUCUAUUCGAAGCAUUUGGGAUUCUUUCCCACUUUUUGGAGGAGUUGAUGAGAACAAUGUCAUAGGGUUUUCUUCAAGAGAGCAAAAUGUUCCAGCUCUUAUUCCCCCUUUACCAAAGAUUAUAAAUGAUAAAACUGCUUUUGACAUGGUCAAAGAAUCUUACUCAACAAUUUGGCAUCCUACUGGUACUUGUUCAUUGGGUUCAGUUGUUGAUGAGGAUUUUAACGUGAGAGGAACCACAAAUUUAAAAGUAGGUGAUGCAUCUGUUUUCCCUGAAGUGUCAGAUGUCAGUCCACUUGGCUCGGUGUUCCUUUUGGCAACAUAUAUUGCUUUAGUCACAUCUUAA